UACACCCGCGGUCACACUGGUAACAACAACAAGUAUUUACGCAACCGGAAACAACGGGAAAAACACAGCUGUCGCACACAUGGCCACCGCAGUAGCAAAAGUUGGAAAAUCGGUGCACCGCAUAUUCGUGGGCAACUUACCCUGGACAGUGGGCCAUCAGGAGCUGCGUGGCUAUUUCAAGGAAUUCGGACGUGUCCUAUCGGCAAACGUCAUCUUCGACAAGAAGACGGGCUGCUCCAAAGGCUACGGCUUUGUCAGCUUCAACAGCUUGACAGCUCUAGAGAAAAUCGAACACGAACAAAAGCACAUACUGGAGGGGCACCACCUCAACAUACAAAAGUCGUAGACAGUGCCAGGCUGCGACAACCAAAAAGGCGGCGACGCAAAAGCAUUUUUUUUCCCACUUCCAUUCGCAAUUCGCAUUCGCCCCAAAACCAAACUAGUAGCUAUAAGCAACUAAAGCAACUUAAACUAACUGA